CUUUUUAUUACUCUUCGCCCCUACCCUGAACCAAUUUCACCGAGCCCUUUCACUUGAGUCUGAGCACCCUUCUUUCCAUUGUUUGCGUUCACUUCUUUUGAUCUUCUUUAAAUUUCCUUGUCAAAAGCAAAAAGAAAAAAAAAUGGCCUGGGCUCUGGUAGGUGGAGCUUUUCUCUCUGCUUCCCUCCAAGUUAUUUUCGACAGGUUGGCUUCUCGUCAGUUCUUGGACUUCAUUAGAGGAACGACAUUCGAAGAUGGUCUUCUUAAGAAACUGAAGCCAACGCUCAUGUCAGUUAAUGUAGUGCUGGGUGAUGCUGAAAAUAAGCAGAUUACCAACCCAUAUGUCAGGAGCUGGAUCGAUGAGCUCAAAGAUGUUGUUUAUGAUGCGGAGGACCUCCUCGAUAAGAUCGAUGGAAGUCACUUUUCUUCUUCUCCCAGUCCCAAUCCUUUUGAAGAGGGGAUAGAGUCAAAGCUGAACGAUAUCAUUGGGAGACUGGACUAUCUAGUCAAUCAAAAAGAUAUCCACGGUUUGAAAGAAAGUUGCGGAGGAGAAAAGGCAUUCCAAAGAUCACCUGCAACUUCUUUGGUGGAUGAGUCUGGUGUUUAUGGCAGAGAUGAUGAAAAAGAAAAAAUAAUAAAGUUGUUGAUCCCAGAAAAUCCAACUAAAAAUCGGAUAGAUGUGAUUCCAAUUGUGGGUAUGGGCGGGGUUGGUAAAACCACCCUGGCACAAUUGAUCUACAAUGACAAGAGAGUGAAGAAAUCAUUUGAUCUCCGAGCUUGGGUGUGUGUUUCAGACGAAUUUGAUGCUGUCAGGGUAACCAAAACUAUUCUUGAAGAAAUCACUUGUAGCUGUGAUGGUAGUCAGAACUUAAAUCAGCUUCAACUGAAACUAAAGGAGAAGCUGUUGGGAAAGAAGUUUCUAUUUGUAUUGGACGAUGUUUGGAACGAGAAAUAUGAAGACUGGGAAGAGCUGAGAAGACCUUUCACUUCUGGGGCAAAAACCAGCAAAAUUAUCGUAACAACACGUAGUGAAAGUGUUGCAGACAUUGUGAGGAAUGUUCAAACUAAUCCUCUUGAUAAAUUAUCUGAUGAUUAUUGUUGGAAGUUACUUGCAAAACAUGCAUUUGUUGAUGGAAGCCCAAGCAUGCAUCCAGAUCUGGAGGUAAUCGGUGAAGCCAUUGCCAAAAGAUGCAAAGGCCUCCCUCUAGCAGCAAAAGCACUUGGAGGUCUUCUGCGUUAUAAAGAAGCUGAUGAAUGGAAGGAAAUAUUACAGAGUGAUUUGUGGAACAAACUAGAAGAGGAAGGUACUACUAUUCCUUCAUCUUUAAAAUUAAGUUAUUAUUAUCUUCCUUCACAGUUGAAGCGCUGCUUUGCAUAUUGUUCUAUUUUUCCUAAAGAUUAUGAAUUCAAAAAGGAAGAACUCAUUCUACUAUGGAUGGCUGAAGGUCUUUUGCAAAUUUCCAAAAAAUAUGGCAACGCAGAAGGUAACAAAUGCUUCAAAGAUUUAGCAAUCAGGUCAUUUUUCCAACAAUCAAAGGAAAAAUCUUGCUUUGUCAUGCAUGACCUAAUUAGUGACUUAGCUAAAUCUAUAUCUGGAGAAUUUUUUUGCGGAUUGGUAGGUAGUGGUGGUGGUUCUUGUGAAAUAACUGAAAAGACUCGUCAUUUGUCCUAUAUCCCAGAAAGAUAUGAUAUGAGUGGGAAAUUUAAGACAUUAUCGAGAGCAAAAAGUUUGCGAACAUUCCUUUCCAUUAACCCACCUGCAUCGGAUUGUUAUGUUACCAGCCAACUGCUUGAUUUGAUAACAAAUUGUAGAUGCUUGCGGAUGCGUAGACCUUGUUAA